GCUCUCUUUGUCAUCCUUGUCAUUGCCAUUGUCAUUGCCAUUGCCAUUGCCAUUGCCAUUGCCAUCCCACCCAUCCCUCCUUUUCCCUCUUCUCAAUCGACACAGCAACCGACGAGGGCGUGUCUCUGCUGUCAACCAGCCCCGAGUCCACUCGACCUCGCAAUGCAGCAGGAUCCCUCCUCCUGGAAUAACCCGCUCCUCUUCCGCCAAAAGCCCUCCCCACCCACCUCCGCCACCGCCACCGCCACCACCUCCGCCACCUCUGCUGCCCCUGCCACCCACUCCUCCGUCUCCGCCACUGCCUCAGCCGCUUCCUCCUCUUCUUCCUCUUCCUCCUCCUCCUCCUCCGCUCCUUCUUCUUCUUCCUCUUCCUCCUCCUCCUCGGCCCUGCCGUCCACCGCCACCAUUCACUCGAGAUCCUCGGCCUCGACGCCUUGUCUCACCUCCAGCCAUGUGCGGCCCAAUACAAACACCAACGCAGACGUCCUUGCCAUCCACCCCAGCUUCGACCUCACUAAACCCUCGCCAGACUCCCUCGCCGCCCUAACCUCCCCCGCUUCCCCCUCCUCCCCGCUCUCAUCCCCCAUAUCCCAUCUCGACUCUAUCAACGCCAUCACCGCGUACCACUCCUCAGCCUCGUCCGACCCUGACCUGUCCUCGCCCCCGUCAAUAUCUCUCUCUUCCUCCUCACCUGCCACCCUGCAGGCCAAAGCUAGGGACCACAGAGACCACCAUGGCUGGUCCCAAUACAACGCCAAACCUGCUCUCUCCCUUCGAGAUUUCCCAAGGGACCGGGCGCAAGCUGUGGAAAACCAUGCAGCUGACGGCGACAAGUACAGACACAUCGACAUUGACAGCGAAAGCAACCGCUGCUCGGGCAAGGGCCGCCGCCUCAGCGGUCUAGACAGAGGCAAUAGCAGCAUCAACUACAACAAUGACUCCAAUUCAAUCAUCCAACAGCAACAUCCCCAUACUUUAUUGCAGUCCAUGGACAAUAAUGUCCCUGUCCAUACAGCACAAAGGAAGCGUAUCUCUGCAGUCGCCCCAAUGACCCGGGAUGCCUUACCGGCCCAGUCUACCGGAAGUGCCGUCAAUGUCGAUGUCGUUGUUACCACUGCCAGAGCUAACCUCAAAUCAGAGAGACCGAGAUACGACAGUGAACGGACAGGUGCAGGUCGUGAUGACAUUGGCGAAGGAGUGCAGCGCCACCAAUCCAAGAAGGCCGCGGAUUACACUCAAACACAGAUCUAUUCGAAUGACAGAGCCACACCUUCCUCGUCCUCCGCUGAAGCUACACAUACUGGGGGCAGGAUAUCUCCUGGCAGUGAUAUGUGCCAUAUGUCGACUUCAUCAGGAGCGACCUCUGCUUCUGCCUCUACCAAACGCUCUUCUUCAUCGCCAACAGCAUCUCCUCCUUCCACUGCACCUUCGCUAUCACCCUCAAGUUCGUCUGUCUCAUCCUCAUCCUCAUCCUCAUCCUCAUCCUCAUCCUCAGCAGAGACAGAGCCAUCCACCACCCUUCCCUCAGAUAGCCUUCGCCUCAAAAAAGGCUCUUUCCUCUCCGUCGACCAGGACAACGACUCUUCAGUGCUACCCUCAUCAUCUUCCGCCCCUGCAAAGGACCAGGCUCAGCGCGAUUCUAGGCGCAGAGCUCAUUUUCUCCCCCAUUUCCUCUCUGGGCCUCGCUCUUCAAUCUCACAGGGCGAAGCAUUUUUGAAUCACCACAGUCAAUCGAAGAACAGCCUGCAGAACCCAGUAGAGAGCAGCGGCGUUGAAAACCACUCUCCUCCUCCCACAAGUCGUCCGCAUAUCGUCGUAACAGACGUCAGGAGCAUCAGCUUCCGCGACAUCUCGACCGUGCCCACGCUGACCACUUUUGGCCACAAGCGGUCCAAGAGACGCAACUCCAGCCUCUCUUAUACAUCUUCGCCAGCAUCAGUAGUCUCAUCAGCCAGCAGUACCUCCGCCUCCACCUCUACGGUCUCUCUUCCUUCAGCAUCGCGUCGGAAGCGGAUCAAAAAGUCGUCUCAUUCUUCGACAAAGACUCCACGAAACCUUUGCACUUCCUCCUGUGGCUGUUCCAACACUCAUAGUGAGGUUGCGGCAGAGUCUCUACAGGAACACAUCGAUACAAAUACGAUGGAAUCAACACGACGCGUGCGGACGAUAUCCGAGUCGGAGCUGUCGAUGUCAGAUCGGAGUUCAUCGUCGCAUCGCCUUCUGCACCAACGCCGGCAGUCCAGGAAUCGGCAGUCGUCCCAUCAACAGGCCCAUGAUCAAGGGGCUGAGCAGGACCACAACCAGGUACAGAAAUCUAUCGCAACCCAUCAUCAGCGCCAUAUCCAGCAUUCUCAUCAACAUAAGCAGCGCCAAUCUUCAUCAGCCUCGCAUUCCGCAUUGCAAGAUACCCAGCACAAUCGUGCCGAGAGCCCACACGACCAGCAUAUCUUAGCUCCUCAACAUCCACUCCGCAUCCAGGUCCACCCAGAGCGCGAUCUACACCACAAGCGUCAGAGAAGUCCCCCUGCACAAACAACGUCCUUCCAGUCGUCAAUGUCUUCCCCAACCUCACCAACUGCCAGCAGUAUGGAGCGUCUGAAGCGAGCCCGGCACCAAACCUCGUCAGUCAUGCAGGAUGAUUCGAUCCUCAGCGACCACCAGACGACAAUGUCUCUGCAGAAUCCGAAGGAUCAUGAUCAGCUCAAGCGGCAUAGUGAAUCGGCUGUUCAUCACGUCCAACAAGCCCACACAGCAAGUCAAUCAAUCCAUCAUCGUCUGGAGCAGUCUACACGGAUACACCCCUUCGAUAGCGAGCCUGCAAGGCCCGUUUCAGGAAAUGCAUCCAUUAUACCCGAGGCAAGUAACCAGCCUCACAUGCAGCCUUCCAUCCACCCUCUCGACGCCGACGUGUCCAAGGAGCCCGCUGUUUUUGAGGCUGGACAGAGGAGUACCGCCAGCGCCAAAUUGGUUGACACCCUUGCGUCAGUAGCCACUCAUCAUGCAUCUGAGCGCACAGCUGUAUCGAACCCCCAGCCCACUCCAGCUUCAGCUCCAACUCCAACUCCAACUCCAGCUCCAGCCCCAAUCCUAGCUCAUGCACCAAAACCUACCCGACCUAUGCAGAAGGAAGAUCAGAUCAUUCAAAGUCAACUUCAGCAAAGAUCAAAGACUCAGCACUCAUCCCAGACCAGCAAGUCCGCGACUGGAAUGCUGCCGUCUACUCGAACGCCAUCAGCUGCUCCAUCAUCGAAAUCGGCACCUGCGCUGGCACCUACAGUUAACCCUGCAACACUGUCGCUACCCAUUACUCGUGAGACGCUGCGAGAGCUGGACAUGCUCGAGAUCUUCAAAAACCCGCAGCUGCGACAUGAUAUUGUCUUUGACCCUCACCUCCAGUUCCGGCCCAAUUUUGACGGCGAGCGUGGCCUUGUCAAGCGGCGGGAGGCGGAUCGGUUCUGGCGCGAGGUUGGCAUCGAGCUGUCGAAUCGACGAGCGAUCCUUACAGCUCGACGUGAAACCGCCGCAACGAUGCUCAGUCUGGCUGGACUGUCCUCUUCCAGUCCCACGAGCAGAUUGGUUCAGCAGCAAGCACAACAGAUGUGUCCGCUACCCAAGGCUGUUCUCCUUCCGCGAUUAAUUGAUGAACUCCGAGAGAUCUUGAUAUCACUUCUGCCUGCUCUACCACCAGCGGUAGCAAACCAAGAUGGGGGUGCGCCCCCAGUCAAUCCGGAGCGAGCCCUGUUGCAGUCGACGCUGGAUCCGGACAUGCUGCUCCAGGAACUCGAUCACGGUGUACUGGAUGUCCAUGCUCUCUUCAGGUUCCUUGGUGAUUCACUGAAGGGCCACUGUGCCCCGAUGCGAGAUGCCCUGGUCGAGUCUAUGGUCAAUUUUGUUGUCGACUUUGACGAGAUUGUGCGUGGAAUCCGUAUGUGCUUUGAGAUUCUGGAAUGGAUGAAGCUGGAUAUCGCCAACCACCAAUUGCGGACUUUGAGGCCAUGGCUCCUAGACAACUCUGUGGAUUUCGAGCAAAAGUUCUUCACGGAGACUCUCGCUCGCGGAGGAACUAUCCAUAGAACUAAGGAGUGGUUCAAGCGGUCCUGGAUCCAGUGGGAGUCAGUCAAGCGCUCUGUGAUUGGACCGCAGACAUCGGGUAAUGAAGUGUCUGGUUCGUCAGAUACGAAUUCAAAACAGCUCAGUAUUUCGUCCGCCGGUUUCUCGUCGAGCGACCCGGAGCAGAGCGGGUACGAGUCCAAGGCCUUGGUGGUGCCGGUGGUUUCAUCCUUUAAUGCCAAGAGACGGUCCAGCGUUGUCAGAGCCGACAUUGGAGAGAACAUCCUGGACGGUGUGGUGAACGAAGGAUUUUUUUUUUUAUAGGUCUGCUCGAAAUGAUCCUGCGUCCGCAUGGAUCGACCAAUACGAUGCCGGAGACUUUCGAGUUGGACCAUUACCGGAUGUUGUCGUUUCAUAAUGAUUUUCAGGAUCUGACGAUUCUCUGCACGCUUUUGAUUUUAUUCCGUCAGCUCGCGCACAACUGUUGGACAACGCAGGAUUUGAUCGAAAUCAAGAAGGUUGUCUGGCUACUGUUGACGGACGAGAACGCGAAUUUCGGAGCAAACACCAAUCCAGGGCCAGGAGCUACGGCGGCUGCAGGCAAAGUGGAUGCUGAUGCCGCUUCAGGAA